UUAUAAAGCUCCGAGCCAUUUUCAAAUGUUUUAAAAUGAUUUCCUACAGAAUUUCAAUACUUUUAUUAUUUUCCGUUGCAUACCUAAUUGAAACUACUUCUGCGGAUGCUACUUGCUGUGAUAAUAAUAAGCAAGUAUGUAUAGAUCCACAUUGUAAGCCGAAUCAAAUUGCAAAACGUGUUCCCGAAUUGUGUAGAUGCUGUCCUCAAUGUUACACAAUUAAAGGUUUGAGACAAAGUUGUGGGGAUCAAAUUUUUGCCGUAUGUAAAAAACCAUUGAUAUGUAUUAGCAAUAGAUGUACCUAUCCAUUGUAAAUUUCACUUUAACUUCAAUGAUGUCGGUAGAAAAUGGAAAUUUAUAGAUCUUAUAAAUAAAUAAAAUAUAAACAUAU